GGAGAGGGAGGCGGGGCAGGGCGGUCAGCUGAGCCGCUGCCAUGGUGGCGCCGUGAUGGGUGGAUGCUUCAGAGAUGUCCAGGAAGUUUAAAAGCCAUUCUGCUGAAAAUGGAGAGCAUCCCGGGAGUAAAAUGGAAAACGGAAUGGACAGCAUGGCAGCCCCUGCUCUUAGUACCUACACGCCAGAAGAGAUGGUGCAGCAGAUGAAAGAACUAAUCACUGAGAACAAUGAGUUGAAAGAAGCCAUGAAGUUGCAUAACCAAGCUAUGAAGGACCGAUAUGAGGAACUUUCCAUCUGGAGAGAGAAGCAGAAAGAAGAAAGAGAAUUUUACGAGUUAAAGUUUAAGGAAGCUAAGCAGUGCUUGCUAGCCAAGUGCAUUGAAAAUGAACAGCUACAGCAACAACUUCAGAGCUUAAAGGAAAGAGAAGAAGGAGCCGAAAUGGAGGGCUGUGUGGCUCCCGAGAAGGAAGUGAGACAGCUGAAAUCCCAAGUGCAGCGGCUCCAGGCUGAGAAGGCAGAUCUGCUAGCCAUCAUUUCAGAACUGCAGGUCAAGCUGAACAUAUCCUCAGCAGAGGAUUCCUUUGUGGAGAUCGGGAUGAACGAGGGAGAAUUAAAUAGAACUGCAAAGGAACAUCAAGAGAGUUCUGGUGAAAUGACCAGUAACAUUGCACUCUACGUCAGGAGCAAAACUGCAGAUGAACUGAAGAAGUUGGAGUCUGAGGAGCUAACUGUGAGCCAGCUGCUCUGCUGCCUUAGAAAUGAAACUCAGAAGAGGGAAGAACUUGAGAAGGAGCUGCAGGAUCACAAAGAGAGACUAUCAGAGCUGGAGAAGGAAACCAACAACUUCCUGGAGAGUGGGACACAAACUGAACAGGAAGAAGAGGAGAGUUCGGAGGCUGUUGGCAGUGAAGUAGCAACUCUGAAUUUGCAAGUUUGUGCUCUGUUUAAAGAGCUUCAGGAGGCCCAUGAGAAGUUAAAAGAAGCAGAACUGAUUCAGAAGAAGCUUCAAGAAAAGUGUCAGGUACUCGAAAGAAAAAGCUCAGCUGCUGCAUCAGAAUUGGAGGAGAAGCAGCAGCUAAUAUACACAGUCAAGAAGCUGGAACUUCAGGUGGAGAGCAUUCAGGCAGAGGUCAAGCUGGAACAAGCCAAGACACAUGAAGAAAAGGCAAGAUAUAAUAGUUUGCAGGAUACAUACAGCAAACUCCUUCCAGAACUCACUGAGGCAAGGAAAACAAUUGAUGAAUUGAAACUCAAAGAGCUGGACAGAGUGGAUAAAGUUGUGGUAGAACGACUGAAUGCAAAGGUGGAGUUGGCAGAACAAGCCCUUGCUGCAAAGCAGCUCCGGAUAGAUGAAAUGAAGCAGAUAAUUGCUAAGCAAGAGGAGGACCUUGAAACCAUGGCUGUGCUCCGUGCUCAGAUGGAGGUUUAUUGUUCUGAUUUCCAUGCUGAGAGGGCAGCAAGAGAGAAGAUCCAUGAGGAGAAGGAGCAGUUGGCUGCCCAGCUGGCAUACCUGAUAAAAGAGCAGCAAAACCUUGAAGAUAUAAGCCGAAACACUUUGGCGGAGAUGCAGAAUCGCCACGGAGCCAGGCCACCAGACCGGGAACACUCACCUCACUUUGUCCAAACAGGACCUGGUAGUCACGACUGGCCAGAGCAGCGGAAUAUCUCAGUUUAUUCAUGUCCCAAAUGUGAAGAAAUUCUACCUGAUUUGGACACACUGCAGAUUCACGUUAUGGAGUGCAUUAAUUGAGUGAUGCUCUCCACUUCUUUAUCUUCUGGAAUUUCACCUGUCAAACAGAUUUUUUUCUUCCUGCUUGAAUAAUGCUCAACUCCUACAGUCCAGUGAAGGAGGUUUUCAGGGGUUUCCUCAUUAAUUGAGUGGGAAAAGGGUAAAACUCUACCUUGCCCUGUACUCACUAAUCUUGUUUUAAUCUGCUUUAGGAAAAGAAUUUUUAUAGGUUAAUGACAUGGAUGCAUUAAAGAACUCCCAGUGUGUCUGCUGCUGUGAAAUCUUUAAGGAACAUUCCCCUAGUGUUCUGUGCUGUUACGGCUAGCCCACAGAAUGGAGCUGAGUCACUGAAGUUAGAAGGGAGAUGGGAUAUAUACUGAUCAAUCACAGUACUGUGACCCUGUAAAUACUUCAUCUGUCAUAUACUAUAGCGCAGGAAACGAAUACAUUAAAAAGCUGUUUGAGAGGCUUCCAUCAAAAUGGAGUAGUGCUGUAUUCAGCAGGCAUUUGAAACGCACCCUGCUCUUUCUCCAGAUGGCAGAUUUAUUGCUGCCCUUGUAACCAUACUAAUCUGAUGUUAAAUUAUUGAUGGCUUAUGUAACUUCUUGCUUUAGCCAGAUGGGGGUACAAUUUAAAACAGAUCAUUGAGGUCUGAUAUAUGUAGCUCCCGGUGUAUCUAAGUCCCUUGGUUUUAUAGAACUGCUCAUUUUUAAGGUGUUGUGUUGAUUCUUCUUGAUUGUAAUAAUUUCAUGUGAACCUGUACAGUACUGUGCGAGAAAGAGCUGAGAUGGAUGUAACCUGAUUUAAAGAGAAGAGUAUAAUGGAGUUUCACAUCUCAAAAUAAAUCUGUUGCAGGUAUAAAAUUAUCCAUGCCUGUGAAUACUUUGAAGAUUGAAACAGCAUUGCUCAUGAGACUUUCAGUAGACCCCCGCUCAGUGCUGUGACUGGUGAGGAGAAAUGGCAUAUUCAUGCACCUGGAGUAGGGGUUCUGUUUUGGCUGUUAUAGCAUCAUCGGGUACAUGGAAAACUCCACUAGGCCCCCAGCUUCAAACAGGGCAACACAGACCAUUCUCAAGGAAAGUAAGUCAAGCUAUGGUACAAAGUCCAAGUGUUACUGGUGUCCAUCAGUGCUGGCUGAUGGAGAGCAGCACAGCUUUCCAGGUAUGGGGCAAGAAUGCUUUUCUUCCAAACGAAAGUAAAGAUUGGGUCAUGUGUGGCUGAUCAACGUGCUUCUGUAUUCCAAAGUUGGGAACAUUAAAAGGAUGGUACAACCUGUGAGAGAGAAAGGCUUGUGCAGUAAAAUUAGUAUCUAUAGCUCAUAGCAUCUUACGUUGAACUAAGGAGAACAGAACAACUCUGUAGGAGAAAGUGUUAGGGAUGUGGGAUACCACAACUGAAAGGGCAGUCUCAUAGCUGAUAUUUUGUACUCGCACAUGACAAAUUCUCCCGUCAACCUAGUUCCAUAAAUAAGUGCUUCUCCAAAUUGUCCUGUAGAUGGGAUCCAAAUCACAGAGGAGAAGGCACACCAAACAGAUCAAUGGGGGAAUUAGAAAUUCAAAGUUUGGUGACUCAAUAUUUUCCUUCAAACUUGAAAUAGAAACUACUCUACAGCUGACUAAUUCAAAGCACAGACCUCGAUAGUGUAAGAUUUACAUUUCACUCUCAGCUGAUAAGUAUUUUUAAAAUAUACACAAAGAAAAUACUUGCAGAUGUUUCUUGAGCAAAAGAAAAUCAUGUGUUUUUCAUGUCACGCUGUCAGUGAAUUCUCAGCUACCAAUAUCAGGAGAAAUAAUCCCCUUUUUUGCCCUUGUAAUUAAGGUGAGGUGUUGAUUUUAUUUUGCUUGUUGCCAUUGUGUUCUGAUUACCUCUUGUAGACUCUGGAUUAUACUUUUCUGUCAGCUAUAGCUCAUGUUCUCACACAGCAUCGUCCAUUAUUUCAGGUAACGCAAGAGCUGACUGAAAUCCGUUGUGAAGAGAUAUUCAUCAGCUUGGUUGCAACCUUCUUCAUCAAUUACAAGUAGUCCCAGCAGAUGCAAUCUCUUAUUAGCUUUUAAUUGGCUCCUUGUGAUGGCAGGAUUUAUGGGUUUUUUUCCCUGAAUCCAAUUUUAUUAUGGAGCUUUGUGAUAGUUUUUACAGCAGCUUUGCAGAUAUGGAUUCUGCAAUGAUCAAAAUCUGAUGAAAAUGCUAUGAGGCCCAAAUCAAACUAAUAGAAUGAUAAUAGAGCUGAUUUCAUCUGAGCAGCAUUAACUUUAAUGAAAACACAGAAAAUCAAUGUGAAAGGCCAAAGGAGGAAUUACUUAUGCAUCCACCAAAUCAAAAUUAAUCAUUUUAAGAGGCUUCAGAAAGAGAGGGGAACUUAGUACAGGAAUACUAAUAGGAAGGCAUGGGCAUUAGCUGAAGUAGGUCUUCGUAGGAAGAUAUGAUACUAGGUCUUAUAGUGCAAAUCGGGAGAGACAAGGAACUGCAAAUAAACCCAUAAUGCACUAAAAAUUGUUCAUGCAAUAGGGAGGAUUAUUUUUCUGUUGUUGUCAUCUUUAACUGCAGUCCUGAAGAUGGAUGAGCUAUCAGAAACAGGCGCCCACAGCCAGCAGACACUCUUUAGCAUGGGUUUAAGAGUACAUCACAUUUGUUUUCCCUUAGACAAACAAGAAGAUGAAAUGUAUUUGUGUUUUAAAGUGACUAGAGGCUACAUGUCCAUGAAUUAAUACUUGCCUGCAUAUUUGUUUUUAACAAAGGACAUUCUUGGUGUAGCAGCAUGUCCUAUGGUCAUUACCCUGCCUCCAUAUGAAUCAGAAGCAUUUCAUCCCUCUUCAGAUUUAAAAUCCAGACUGAGAAGAAGUCAGAAUUGUCCUAUCAGGUGGGCUUGCGAUUUGUGAGCAGGAAGCUGUCUCUGGAAUUGGUCAAGCAUGGGAAGCAGCUGCACAGGGAAGUGCUGGAGUCACCAUCCCUGGAGGUCAUAGAAUCAUAGAAUGGUUUGGGUUGGAAGGGACAUUAAAGAUCACCCAGUUCCAGCCCCCCUGCCAUGGGCAAGGACACCUCCCACUGGAUCAGGCUGCCCAAGGCCCUAUCCAACCUGGCCUUGAACACCUCCAGGGAUGGGGCAGUCACAACUUCCCCGGGCGACCUGUGCCAGUGCCUCACCACCCUCAUUGUGAAGAAUUUCUUCCUAAUGUCUAAUCUAAAUCUUCCUCCUUCCAAAUUAAAGCCAUUCCCUCUUGUCCUAUCACUCCAUGUCCUUGUAAAAAGUGCCUCCCCACGUUUUCUGUAGCCCCAUCAGACACUGGAAGCUGCUCUAAAGUCUCCUCAGAGCCUUCCCUUCUCCAGGCUGAACAAAUCCAAGUCUCUCAGCCUGUCCUCAUAGCAAAGGUGCUCCAGCUCUCUGAUCAUCUUCAUGACCUUCUCUGGACCUGUUCCAACAAUUCCAUUUCCUUCUUAUGUUGCAGAUUCCAGAACUGGACACAAUACUGCAGGUGGGGUCUCACAAGAGAGAAAUAGAGGGGCCAAAUGACCUCCCUUGACCUGCUGGUGAUGCUUUUUUUGAUGCAGGCCAGGAUAAAGUUGGCCUUCUGGGCUGUGAGUGCUCAUUGCUGGCUCACAUCAAGCUUGUCAUCAACCAGCGCCCCCAAGCCCUUUUCCACAGGGCAGCUCUCACUCACUUCGUCCCCCAUCCUGUAUUGAAACCGCGGAUUGCCUUGCUUCAGGUGUGGGACCCUGCACUUGGCCUUGUGCUGGUAAAUAAACUCAUUUUAGAGUUUUAGGAAGCAAGCACCCUUUAUCAGGCCAGGGGAACACGAGGCAGUGAUCUCCAUCAAUCAUGUGCAGCGAGACAAGAGUUGGGGACAGAAUAUGUUUUCCACUCACAUGCAUGUGUAUAAAUUUUACCAGAAAUGUUAUGUGUAGUCUAUUACUUCCCAAGGACUCAUUUUAAUCCUGUUAUGAACUUCACAACAGUCAAAUCUCUUGCUAAUUUGGAGCUUUGCAGCCAGUUCUGCCUGACCUUGCAUUGGAGACGGGGAAAGACCUCAAACAGAGGUGA